CCCCGAGCCUAGGCUUUGAAAUGAGGAAACAUGGAACUGGAAGCCAGCUCAAAAUAAGGAACUUGGCAGCAGGGUCCUGGGUGGCGUCUUUGCCUUCUCAGCCACAUCUCUCUCAUCCUUGCUGAAGAGUCUCACUUAGCCAAAGAAGAGAUCACAGACAGGAGGGUAGUGAGGAGAAACUUCCAUGAGAUGCUCAGAAGUCACCACCUGAAUAUCAAACCUGAAUAACCAGGAGAGAUGUAACCUUGGCAUAUUUUCAGUUGUUUUCCUUCUGCCCACGCUGCAGGUUUUUCAGGUCCUUGCUUGAGUGUGCACUCCCUGGCGUAAAUAAACGUGCUAUCAACGGCCUGCGUCAGCCGGCUAUUUAAGCAGCCUGGCACCAGCAAGCCCGGCUUCCCAACCCAGAGCUUGCCUUUGCUGCUUCCACGCGCGCCAGGACCAUGUCGGCGGAGACCGGGAGCGGCCCCACUGAGGACCAGGUGGAAAUCCUGGAGUACAACUUCAACAAGGUCAACAAACACCCGGACCCCACCACGCUGUGCCUCAUCGCUGCGGAGGCCGGCCUGUCCGAGGAGGAGACCCAGAAAUGGUUUAAGCAACGCCUGGCCCAGUGGCGGAGGUCGGAAGGCCUACCAUCGGAAUGCAGAUCUGUUACAGACUAAGGAGGUGGUGGACAUUGGCGGCUUCCCUACAGGAAAAGCAUCUGCUAUUUCUCUGCUUGGCUCAACCAAGCCAUUUCAAUUUUUCAGUGCAGUGUUGUCUGUUCCAAUGUCAGCUGUCCUGCUAUUUAACAUAAUGUUAUAUUUUUUUAAAUGUAUAUAACUAGAAAAAAAUAACAAUAGGAAGCUAUGUGUAGCUUCUGGCUAGGAAAGUGGUAUGGCUUGCAUUUCUUUUCAGUUCAUGAUGAUGGAUGGCUUGAAAACCAUCUAAAUUUGCUUUUCACCAUCACCUCCUACUAGCAAAUUUACUUUCACUAUCCAUUUCAGAGUAGGCAGGUUACAUGGUAAAGAUAACAUGACCAAGAGGGAGAAACAUUUCCUGCUGUAUCUAUUUCCUAAGUUGUUUUUGUUGAGGUUAAGUGGGAAUACAGAGGGAUAUUUGAGUCAUUCAGAUUUUAUAAAGCAAUUUCUCAAUUAAAGCAAUUUCUCAAUUAAAGCUGUUUUAAUUUAAAAAGUAUUCAGUUAGGCUAAAAGGCAAAACUCCAACUGGAAGAAAAGCAAGCAACUAAAAAAGAAAUAUAUAAAUGUCUUGAAUUUACCUUAUUUAAAUGCAUUUGUUAAAUUUAUUUUGCUAAACAAUAUGAGCUGCUUUUUGUCUCUAAAAUGAUAUU